AACCGUGACUCAGUGCGUCGACUGGACAGCCCCCGUUGAUCCCCCCUUUCCAAAUGGGGGUCAGAGCUCACAGCGCCCGAAAAGGAUCCGAAAUCCGAAAGCGAGAAGCCUUCUCCUACCAUUACCAAGGAGAAGGCACGCAAAGAAGAGCCCAUAUCGAGAUGAGUUCCGCUCCACCCAACGACAGCAAUCAUUCGAGCUACGGCAGUGGCAAUGGGGGCUCUGGCGCUCAGGAUACAGAAGGGUUGCCUCUAACAGACCAGGAACAAGAAGAUCCAGAAUCGGAAGAAUUUGGUACCCCGAAUGUCGACCGAGCUCUGCGCGAGUGGAGGCAGGAACUGGCACGAUGGCAAACCAUGGCGUCCUUGUUGGCACAUGCACUCGCUCUCAUAAUGUCUCUAUUGGUCCUGUGGUGGGUGCACCUCUUGGGUGGCUUGGCCUGGAGCGCUGGAAAAGCCAAACAGGUCUUCUUAUGGCAUCCACUAUUAAUGAUUCUGGCAUAUGCUUUUAUGACAGUCGCAGCAUUAUCCUUUCGAUUUCCCUACCAAAGCUCCAGUCGAAGAAUUGUCAAGCUGGUACACGGAUCUUCCUGGGCAGUGGCCGCCAUUUUUGGCUGCAUUGCCCUGAUUGCUGUUUUCCGGUCCCACAAUGAUGCUAAGAGUGGAUUCAUUGCCAACCUCUACAGCUUUCAUUCCUGGCUCGGACUGGGAGUUGUGGGGCUCUACGUACUACAAUUUCUCGCGGGAUUUUUUGCCUUUUGGUGGAAUGUUCCGCAGUUCUCGGCCGUCACCAAAGCCAAAAUUUUGGCCGUUCACGCAUAUUUGGGACCAUUUCUGCACAUGGCCGUAGCCGCAACAAUCUUGCUGGGAAUUCAAGAAAAGGAAGGAUUUGUGGGUUGUGGCUACAAGGUAGAUAAGGCGGAUUUAUUUCCCCUUGCUCAUCUCGGCUUGAUCCCUCAUCCGUGUUUGGUGAGCCAUGCACUUGGAAUUGCCGUGUUUGCGACCGCUCUGUGCACCAGCUUUGCUCUGCACAACUUUGGAACCAGCUAGAUCGUCGCAUUGCUGCAACAUGUUGGGAGAAACGGUGACGAGUUUCCUGACACGAGAGUUCGACGUAACAAUUCACCACGUCGGUUUUCCGUAAUUACUUUUGCUGAUCUCCAUCUGGCUACGGUAGGCUUUUGCUAGGAUUGCAAGCUGAUAUUAGAAUGGGAAGACUAAGAUUAUUUUACUAUCACCUGAACCAAAUAAACCAACUAAUCAUGC